UUUUAAAUCCUCAAUUCCAAUAUGGUGUUAUCUCAUCCAAUGAAAUGAUAAGAGAAGUGAUGGAUGGACGUAAAAAAGUCAUUACCAGACUGGAGCCUGAUAUGGAUGCUCAAGUGAAAGCAACAAAUCAAUUGUUGCUGUUUCGAGAUAAACAGGAAACUUUUGGCACUCCUUUAGCACAAAGAGCAUGGAAACAAUCAAAUCCAGCUGAGUGGUGGAUUAUUCAUGGCAGUUGUGCUCAUAAACUUCAAAAAAUAGCUGUGAAAGUAUUAAGUCAAACCACCACAUCAUCUCACUGUGAACGUAAUUGGAGUACUUUUAGUCUCAUCCAUAUGAAGACAAGGAAUAGAUUGAAAUAUAAGAAAAUUCAAAGAUUAGUCUUCAUCACCUAUAACAUGAGAUUAAAAUUGAGACAUGUUAAAAGAAGCAGCCAAGAGGAGAUUGAUAGGAGUUUUAAUCCUAUUAACUUGGAUUACAUAUUUGAAGAAGAUGAUCCAAUAAGUCCAUGGAUAGAAGAAAGGGAAAAUCCUUUACUAGAUGGUGUGGAUAAUUCUGAAUGGCUAGAUUUGGUCUCAGAUGAUGGUGGUGGUGGCGGUGACGACGACAGCAAUGGCGAUGGCAGCGAUGGAAACGGUGGUGGUGGCACCCACAGAUAUCAAGCUCGACGCACUUCUCAAAGCUCAACUCCUACUCCAACUCAAAGUGAUAAUAGUGGUGGUUUAACACCAUCUGAUGGAGGAGGUGAUGAUGGUGAUGGUGAUGGCACUUCUCACGGUGACGGUGGUGGUGGUGGCGGUGGCGGCGACAAUGGUGGUGAUGGCGGUGAUGGUACUAGUUUUGGUGCAGGAAGUGAAGAUUUUAUUGGAGGAUUUGGAUUAUGUGAUGUUGGGGAACAUUAUGAUAUUGGAGAACCUGUUGCACCUUUACCCCAACUACCUAGGAGGUUUUGUGGUAGUGAUACCCGUAGGGAUGAAAGAAGAAUAAGAAGUAGAGAACAACAACUUGAUUCAUCUGAUAGUAGUCAUAGUUAUCCAUAUCACCCUUAUCCAUCCUAUAGCACUGAUAGCUAGAGCUAUCCUUACCCACCUAAACAAAAUUAUCCUUGGCCCCCUCAACAACAUGGUCCUCUAGGAUACGGUUUGCCAAAUUAUCAACAAACUCAAAAAGGGUAUGUUGAUCCUUUUCAGCCAAGGUAUCCAUUUUCUCUCCCAAUGCACGAAACAGAAAGGGAUGACAUGAUGAGCACAUUUACUUAUAUAUUUCCUACUGGAUGGAAUGAAGGUAGUAGCAAUCAAGCUCAACAAUCUGAUUCCCAAGAUGCACCACGUCACUCAUUUUGGUGGGGUGAAGGUAGCAGCAACAAUCAAGCUCAACAAUCUGAAUCUCAAGAUGCACCACGUCACUCAUUUUGGUGGUGACAUUAUGUAAUUUUAGUAGUAACAUUGUGUAAAAUGUACUAUAUGUUAUUUGUGAUUUAUGCUAUGAUGUUAUGUACUUUGUCAAGUUCUUCCAUUAUGGAUGUAUACUUUUUUAAAACUAUUUGAGUUAAAAUGUACAUAUGCUUCCACAAGUAUAAUAAUUAAAAAUAAUUUUAUACAUCUAAGUCCAAUAAAAGAAAUUUUUUCAACAAGUGUAAUAUGGAUUUAUAACAUAUAAAGUCAUUAAUUAUUGAAAUAAAAUGUAAAAAAAAUCAUUUUCUAGUGAUUUAAAAAUAUGAAAUAUAUUGGAUCAUACUUAAAAAUUAUGAAAAAUUUAUCAAAAUUUAUU